AUGCCCUACUUGCUCAUCAGCACCCAGAUCCGAAUGGAGGUGGGCCCCACCAUGGUGGGCGACGAGCACUCAGACCCGGAGCUGAUGUGGCAUCUGGGAGCCACAAAGAGAAACGUCCUGGGAAACAAUUUUUGUGAGUACUACGUCAAUGACCCUCCCCGCAUAGUCCUGGACAAGCUGGAACAGAAGGGCUUCCGUGUGUUGAGCAUGACAGGGGUGGGCCAGACGCUGGUGUGGUGCCUACAUAAGGAGUGA